AUGAAUAAUGAUACCUACAUAUUUUCCCAACUAUUUGAUAAGUUUACAUUGGUUGAACAUCAUUAUAAAACUGUUUCAAUCAAAAAAGAAAUUAUUAAAACGUCAUGUUCAUAUUGUAAACAGUGUGUCAAUACAACUUCUUGUGUGUCGUGUAUUUCUGGGUUUUAUUUAUCAAACUAUUCAUGUUAUACUUGUUUUUCUUCAUGCAAAACAUGUUUUAAUGAUACUUCUUAUGGAUGUUCAUCUUGUAUAAACGGAUAUUACUUUACUCAAAAUACAAAGUGUUUGAUUUGUUCAUAUCAGUGCUCGACGUGUUUUAAUGGGACAUCCGAUGAUUGUCUUACAUGUAAUAGUGGAUUUUUCAAGUAUGGUUUGAGCAACUGUUUAAGUUGUCACAAUUGGUGUCAAACAUGUUAUGGUGGAUCAAAUACAGAAUGUUACAGUUGUCGUAUCGGGUACUAUUUACAAGGAAAUAACACGUGUUUAAAAUGUUCUUCUGAAUGUAUGACCUGUUUUGGAUCUUCUACCAACUGUACAUCGUGUCAAAAUUCUUAUUAUCAGUCUGUAAACACAUGUCUGAAAUGUGGUCUAUCGUGUGAUUAUUGUGAUGGAACUGAACCAAACAAAUGUUCAUAUUGUAAGUCUUCUUAUUAUUUAGACAACGGAUUAUGUUUGAAAUGUGAUUCAUCUUGUUCGACCUGUGAUGGCACCAGACCUAAUAAUUGUACAACAUGCAAAUCUUCUUAUUAUUUAAGUAAUGGAUAUUGUCUUCAAUGUGAUCUUACAUGUAAUGCUUGUGAUGGUUCAUUGGAAAACAAUUGUAUUAUGUGUUAUAGUAAUUAUUAUUUAUAUCCAAAUUGUAAUGGUUGUAAUGGAACUGCUGAAAAUAAUUGCUUGGCAUGUAUUGAUGGUUUCAAUUAUAUAAAUGGAUAUUGUCUCUUGUGUGAUUUAAAUUGUAUCAGUUGUAGUGGUAAUUAUACAAACAAUUGUGAUAAAUGUAAUAACUGUUUUUAUUUAACUAAUGGGUCUUGUCUUCAAUGUCCUUUAAAUUGCUUUAAUUGUAAAGGUUCAACGUGUUUAACAUGUGAACCAAAUCAGGGUCGGCCAAGAUCCAGUUUUUAA